ACUGAGCGUGUGCAGAUCAGUCUGCAGACGGAGCAGAAGUCAGACGGAGUUCAGAGGGAAUCAAACGAACGGAGGACGAAGAACAUUCAGUUGAUCUUUAACAACAGGAAAAGGUGUGCGUCUCCAUGGCGACUGGCGUGUUGUUAAGCGUGUGGGUCGGUGUGUGCGUGGCGUCCAACCUCGACACAUCGUUCCCGCUGCUGAAGACAGGCAGAGACGGAAGUCUGUUCGGACUGUCUGUUGCUCUGCACCAAGACCUGAAGACAGACAGCUACCUGCUAUUGGUCGGAGCCCCCCGGGAGAAGGCAGAGCCUAAUGUUCCAGCCAAUCGAACGGGAGGAGUGUACAGCUGCCCGAUCACCGCUGAGCAAUCAGACUGCAGCAGGAUGAAGCUUAUAGAUGCAGACCUGAACCUGAAUGAGGACCUGGUUGAGGACAUGUGGCUGGGUGUCUCCGUGGCCAGUCAGGGCCGACCUGGGGGGCGGGUCCUGGCGUGCGGCCAUCGGUUUGUUAAACUCUACGGAGAGUUCAAACUCAGACACAUGAUCGGACGCUGUUAUGUCCGUGGAAAUGACCUGAAGUACGACGACGCGGACAUGCACUGGCAGGACCCCGACCAGCCCUGCAGUCACCUGGGUGAUGUCAGCCGUGAGGUCAUGUGUAACAUGGGGAUUUCUGCCUCCAUCACUCAGACUGAAGUCAUCGUCGGCUCACCUGGAAGCUACGAGUGGCAAGGUAACGUGCACAUCUCGUGGAUGAACCCGCUCGUUGAAUUUGACACCCAGAGGAGCUCCUUCCCCAACCUGAAGAACAGAAGACACAUUUAUAUAGGAUAUUCGGUCACUCAGGCUCUUGGUCUUCUCUCUCAGGAUGAUGAAACCAUCGUAACAGGAGCUCCUAAGGACAGUAAAGAAGACGCUCGUGGCUCCGUGCUGUUGGCGGUCAAACACUCUCAACAGCUGAUCGUUAACCAGACGCUGCGUGGCGAACAGAUGGGCUCGUACUUCGGUAACGCCGUGGCAACCACCGACCUCAACAAUGACGGGUGGAACGACCUCCUGGUGGGCGCUCCUUUUUACUUCCACCGUCGACAGGAGUGGGGCGGGGCAGUUUAUGUUUACAUGAACGCGGGAGGCAGGUUCGACACUCGGCCCAGCGUGGUGCUGAGAGGACCGGCUGGGUCAGCGUUCGGUAUGUCCGUUGCCGCCGCUGGAGACCUCAACCAAGAUGGCUUCCAGGACUUUGCGGUCGGAGCUCCUUUCCAUGAGACAGGAAGUGUUAUGAUCUGGAGCGGGAGCAGCGAGUUGGUCUCUACAGAACCGAGCCAGGUGAUCCGGGGCAGCAGGGUCUCUCCCGGGUUCAGGACCUUCGGGUACUCUCUGUCUGGAGGCGGGGACGUUGAUGGGAACAAAUAUCCAGACCUGCUGGUCGGCUCUCUGGACGCCACCGUGGUUCUGCUCAGGACUCGUCCAGUUGUUCAACUCAAUAAAACCCUCAGUGUUUCUCCGGACAUCGUCGACCCCAACAAUUGUGACUUCUGCAUUCAGGUGGAGGUGUGUUUCUCCUACACCUUCAGUGCCGGAGAGAAGAGCGACACAGACAACAUCACCAUUCACUUCACUGUGACCGCUGACGUCACCAGCCUCAAGCCCCGCCUCCAUUUCCGUGACAACAGGCAGAACGUGUACUCUGGUUACCUGUCGAUGCCGAAAAAACAAUGUGAAACCCUGAGAGUGGGACUGCUGAGUUCUAUCCGAGACAAAGUGGAACCUUUGGUGUUCUCUCUGAAUGUUUCGCUGUACGAGAAGCUUCCCAAGAAAAGAAACGGUGUACAGGACCUGAAACGCUUCCCUGUGCUGAACCAGACACCCCGGCCCAUCAAAAGCCAGAUUCACAUCCAGAAGGCCUGUGGUUCUGAUAACCGUUGCCAUAGUAACCUGCAGAUGACGGCCCAGUUCACAGAUGAGAACCAGAGACCCUUCCCCACGCAGAAGGACAAACAGGUGUUGUACUACAACAGUAACAUUAACCGAUUGUUUCUGGAGGUUAACGUCAGCAAUGCAGCAUCACUGGGCCAACCGGCAGAGGAUGCUCACAAUGCCGUUUUGAACAUUAGCACCCCCCCAUUGCUCAUAUACUCCGGCGUCCGAACUAAUGUAGUGAAGGGUGACGUCAAGGCGAAGGUGGAGUGUUCUGUUGUGGGCGCUGUUGUUCUGUGUGAGCUGGGGAACCCGUUCAAAAGCAACCAGGAGGUACACGUGUUGAUCAUAUUUCAGCCUUCUGAGAUCACUUUAGACACGAAAGAGAUCGAGUCUGUGCUGCAGCUGUCCACACUCAGUGAUCAAUCAGGUCUGUUUCCUGUCUCCGUCUCCAUGUUGGUGGAGUAUUCACUGCAGGCGUCUCUCACUCUCAUCAAACCACCAGGCCACACCUCCUUCAGUGGUCAAGUGAUGGGUGAGUCGGCCAUGAAGAAGACAGAGGACAUCGGAAAUCUGCUGCUCUUCACCUUCCAGGUGUACAUCAAAGGGAAGCCACUGGGUGGCCUAGGCAACCUUCAGGUUGAGUUUGAUUGGCCGAGAGAGGUGUCCAAUGGGAAGUGGCUGCUGUACAUCACAGAGAUCCAAGUCAAUGGCACAUCAGAGCCUCACUGUGAGCCGCCCGGCAACAUCAUCAACCCCCUCAAUCUCAUGCUGUCAAAGGAGAAGAAGAAAAAGAGGAGGAGGAGUCUGGAAGAGGCAAAUGAGACAGAGGAGGAGCAGAGAGAUAAAACUUUACCUGUCCUCCACCUGCAGGGACAGAAGAAGAAGUCCUACACUCUGGACUGUGUGCACGGGGCUAACUGUGUGACGUUCGUCUGUCCACUGGUCAACAUGAACAACUCAGCAACUCUCACUGUCAGAGCCAGACUGUGGAACUCCACCAUGAUCGAGGACUACAGCGAUGCAAGGAGUGUGUUGGUUCGAGGCCAGGCGACUCUGAAGCUUCAGAGUAACAAACCGACCGUCAACAUGGAGUAUCAAAGCACAGAGAUUGAGGUCCACAUUUAUCCAGACUCAGGCCAGAAGGUGGAUUCCAGUGCCCCCCUGUGGAUCAUUGUGGUGUCUGCCCUUGCAGGAGUCUUACUGCUGGCUCUGAUCUGCCUGCUGCUCUGGAAGUGUGGUUUCUUCAGGAGAGCCAGAACCAGAGAGCUGUACGAGGCAAAGACCCAGAAAGCCCACAUGAAGAGCCAGCCGUCUGAGAACGAGAGGCUGGAAGAGGAGAUCUGAGGCUGGGCACACUGCUGCCAGAGAGCCCCGCUUGCGGCUUCUUUGAGCGUCGGAGGUCGUGGCGGGCCACUGAGCUCCACCAGGGGAGGAUUGUGGGUAAAGACAGACAGCAGCAGUAUAAGGACGCAGACGGCUUCCUGAUCCAAGAUCACGCCCCCUCGUCUAGAAACAGGAAGUCCCCCAAACACUGGGUCACUUCCUGGACUGAGACACACUGAGAGACCAAACCUGACUGAACCUGAUUGAACCAGACCGAACCUGACCAAACCUGACCGAACCUGAUUGAACCAGACCGAACCUGACCAAACCUGACCGAACCUGAUUGAACCAGUCCGAACCUGAUUAAACCUGGUUGAACCAGCCCAACCUGAUUGAACCAGUCCGAACCUGAUUGAACCUGAUUGAACCUGAUUAAACCUGAUUGAACCAGUCCAAACCUGAUUGAACCUGAUUAAACCUGAUUGAACCAGUCCGAACCUGAUUGAACCUGAUUGAACCUGAUUAAACCUGAUUGAACCAGUCCGAACCUGAUUAAACCUGAUUGAACCAGUCCGAACCUGAUUGAACCUGAUUGAACCUGAUUAAACCUGAUUGAACCAGUCCGAACCUGAUUGAACCAGUCCGAACCUGACUGAACCUGAUUGAACCUGAUUAAACCUGAUUGAACCAGUCCGAACCUGAUUGAACCUGAUUGAACCAGUCCGAACCUGAUUGAACCAGUCCGAACCUGACUGAACCUGAUUGAACCUGACCGAACCUGACUGAACCUGAUUGAACCUGAUUGAACCAGUCCGAACCUGAUUGAACCUGAUUGAACCAGUCUGAACCUGACCGAACCUGACCGAACCUGAAUGAACCUGAUUCAACCUGAUUGAAUCAGAAUGAACUGGACCGAACCAGACCAAACUGGGCUGAACCAGACAGAACCAGACAGAACCAGACCGAACCUGACCGAACCUGACCGAAACAGACCGAACCGGAACAAACCGGGCUGAACCAGACAGAACCAGACCAACACACUGCCAUCCACCUGCUGGGACUGUCUGUGUGUGUGUGUGUGUGUGUGUGUGUGUGUAAACAACAACAACAGAUUGAUUUGUUUAUUAUUUAUCUGUAUUUGUAAUAUUGUGUGUUUAUUGUGUGACUCGCUGUGAGUGUGUUUGAACUGCAUUUCCCAGCAUCCUCUUGGCGAUCAGAUAUAAAGAAAUGAAUGUAGAUGUUUGGACAGUGUUCGUAUAAAUCAAUCACAGACUGAUCAUUGAUUUGGGAAUUGAUUAGCAGGAAGUGAUUUGUAGUUAAAGGGCUGAGUGAAGAAAAAAUUGUGGUCUGCUCCUUUAAGAUGGAAGCAGAGGUCACAUGGCCGCAGAGGUCAGUGAAAGCUUUAUUGUGAUGUUGUUUCCGUGCUGCCUUCAAUGGCUCCUCGUUAAAACUUGUGGGUGUUGCGUUCAGGUGCUGAAGGAUCCUGUAAAGAUGCUUCUUGUUGUAGUUUUAGGAAUCAGCACAGCUACUUCUACUGCCCUUUUUUCUAAGUGUUUUAUAUAGUUGUGAUAUUUCUGACAGCACUUGAAAGCAUCACCUGUGUGUGUAACAUGUUCAGUGUCAGGGAUGCGUUCAGUGUCACUGUGAAUGUCUGCCGCUGAUAUUAAAGUAUUUUUUAUACACUCUG